UUGUUCCGCGUUCGUCCGACGAUUUUGUAGCAGCGCUUUUUGACCGAUGUGACAUUGUCUGACAGUGUAUACUUGAUCAAAAACCGAUUUAAACUCUGGUUGAUGACUUUCAAUCAGUCAUCCAACUAUGUUCCACACAUAUUCAACAUACAUGUUGCACGUCACUUCGAAUUGAUUUUUUCGCGAAUGACCGUUUGCGUUGUGCGGUAGUACAACCGCUUUGUCGCAACUGCCGAGCCAUCGCGAUGUCGAUGGCUGGGUAUUAAACUAAUCAGGAGCUGACUGGAGAAGAAUCUAGUCGCGCUCAUUUGAAUCACUGUUGAGUAUCAGCCAAUAAACACACGCAAGGAUCAUGAAAAUGGUGCUGUCUCAACGUCAGAGGGAGGAGUUAAAUAAGGCGAUUGCGGAUUAUCUCAGUACCAAUGGUUAUCAAGAUGCGCUUGAGGCGUUUAAGAAAGAAGCCGAUAUGCCUGGGGAAGUGGAGAGAAAAUAUGGAGGUCUUCUGGAAAAGAAGUGGACCUCGGUCAUACGCUUGCAAAAGAAGGUAAUGGAACUGGAAUCCAAACUCUCUGAAGCUGAGAAGGAAUUCAUCGAAGGGGCACCAACACGUAGCAAACGAUCACCAUCCGAGUGGAUACCAAGGCCACCCGAAAAAUACAGUCUUACUGGACACAGAGCUCCUAUCAACAGAGUUAUUUUCCAUCCGGUUUUUAGUCUUAUAGUAUCUGCCAGCGAAGAUGCCACUAUCAAGGUGUGGGACUUCGAAAGCGGCGAAUUCGAAAGAACGUUGAAGGGGCACACUGACAGCGUACAGGACGUUUCCUUCGACGUCUCCGGGAAACUGUUAGUCUCAUGCAGUGCAGACAUGUCUAUUAAGUUAUGGGACUUUCACCAGUCAUUCGCCUGCGUGAAAACCAUGCACGGACAUGAUCACAGUGUCAGCUCUGUCGCAUUUGUGCCACAAGGGGAUUUCGUAGUGAGCGCCUCUAGGGAUAAGACCAUCAAAAUAUGGGAAGUAGCGACAGGGUAUUGUGUUAAAACGUUAACGGGGCACAGAGAAUGGGUACGAAUGGCCAGAGUCAGUCCUUGCGGAGAAUUAAUAGCUAGUUGCUCGAACGAUCAAACGGUACGAGUUUGGCACGUAGCAACAAAGGAAACAAAGGUCGAACUCAGAGACCACGAACACGUAGUAGAGUGUAUCGCAUGGGCACCGGACAGUGCAAGAGCAUCAAUCAACGCUGCAGCAGGAGCAGACAACAAGGGUGCCCACGAAGGACCUUUCCUCGCAUCUGGCUCGCGAGAUAAAGUAAUUCGUGUAUGGGAUGUCGGUGCCGGUGUUUGUCUUUUCGCCCUGUUGGGGCACGACAACUGGGUUCGCGGCAUCGUCUUCCAUCCUGGUGGCAAGUUCAUCGUCAGUGCCUCUGACGAUAAGACCCUGCGAGUCUGGGACACGCGCAACAAACGGGUAAUGAAAACCCUUGAAGCGCACGUCCACUUCUGCACCUCCGUUGAUUUUCACAAAAGCCAUCCUUACGUGGUCACCGGUAGUGUCGAUCAAACGGUGAAGAUCUGGGAGUGCCGCUAGUCACCAAAACAUCAGGGUCUCGUUGAACCUUCGUCGAGAAAGAAAGAUUUUGGAGAGAAGGCGAACGAUGCGCGUCGAAUUCGAUGAAAACGGCCGAGAGAGUAAGCUGCUACAAAAAAAAAAAAAAGUUAUCGUACAUACUACUAUUAUUAAUAUUAAUAUUAUUAUACACACAUAAACAUGUACGAUUAAGAGCUCUUUAAUUAAUUUAUAAUAAAGUAUAAUUAGUAAUUAUUAAUAUUACAUAUACGUUUUACGGUAAUGAACUGCACGAUUCGAGGAGAGUCGGUCGAGAUUAAAUUUUCUUUCGUGAGGAGGACAUUGCCAUAAUUUCAUCGACGGAUUUAGAAGAAAAAAAAAAAAAAAGAAAGAAAGGAAAGGAAAUUCCUCUGAUGACUCGUAUUAAAAAAAAAUAAUACAACAUGUACAUGUUCAUUCGAAUGAUUGAUCGAUCGUUUUAUCCCUUUGUGAAAAAGUGUGCUACUAAUUGCUAUACAUACAUCUGGCUAUGUUAAAACGUGUCGUCGUCCUCCUCGAUCCACCGACGAUAAUGGGAAUUUCGGCUGUGUGUCAUGUCUCUGAGAUACAUAAGAAGAAUCAUGGUCGCUCGUUCUCAUUUGCCGUGCUGACCUCUCCUCGAGCGUUCUUGACGAUGUGACAUCCGAAGAUGACACCGAGAUACGUAUGACACACAGAGAGAUACACAUAUACGCGUGUGCGCAUAUACGUAUUAUUAAAAGAAGGAAACAUGGAAAGCGUCAACCGUUUCACUCAGUAUGCUGAGCGUCAAUUUGAUCGAGUACGUAGCGUGUUCCUUCGUACAAAGCAAACACAUAAGAUGUAAUAACAAAAGUGUGAACGUACGAGCGUGUAACGAACGUAGCGAACAGAUUUCACAUUAAUUAUAUAAUUGGAAAUCAAUGAGCGUUUGUUUGGGAACGUUUUAUUCGUAAUGUAUGCUGCAUAUGUGCGUAUUACUCUUCAUGCGACAAAAAUAUUUCGAAUUAUUUCUCUCGACAAAAAGUCGAAUGGAAAAAAAAAAAAAAAAAAAAAAGAAAAAGGAAAACAUCUAAACCGAGAUUGGCCGAAGGCGAACGUGAAAUAUACGGAAAGAAAUGUACCGUUAAAAAUGAAAUGAUGGCUUUCGGCAGUGCGUGGCGUCCAAUCAACGUGCAUUAUUAAUAUUAGAAGGACGGCCGAGUGGAGCGUGCGAAAAAAAAAAAAAAGAAAAAAAAGAAAAACAUGAAAAAUAAACGUGCAAGCGUGUAUUCGUAUGGAAGUACUUCAGCCGCAUAAUUCGUUGCGUGGGUCCCGAGAUAUGAGGGGUACUAGUUGUAUAUUUAGCUCUAAACUACUAUUAGCGGUAGCGCAGACGUAACGUAGACAAGAAACAAGAGAAAAAAAAAAAAAAGGAAAGGGAAAAAUAGAAUCAGGCCACGAGUGUACGAUCGAUCGGUACACACAACACACACAUAUACUUACGCAGCCAUUCGUCGAGACUUCGUGUAAACAAUGCUUAAUUAAUUAAGGCCGAUUUUUCAAAUCAUAUCUCUAUUAUCCACUAUUACAUUUUUCCUACCAUUUUUCCUUCCUAAGUCUAAAAUAAGCGCCAUCCUCUUUGCUCGUGUCCAUUCAUUCCCCUUAAACUCCGAAGAAAGCUCCAGACCAUUUGACUCGAUGUCGUAACUAAAUUAUUUUGUUGAAAAAAAUAAAAAUGAAAUUCUCAUUAAA